ACUAUCUUUCGAUCGAUAUCUACCAACGUUCAUCAUCCGCUAGCCGCUAGCCCAUACUCCCAUAGCCCAUUUCCGUCCUACGACUCUCCAUCGGCGCAUCWUUGUUCAUUGCAUACAUUUGCAAACUUCAAACGUCAACCGGGUUUCUUGUAACGAAAACAUGCCUAUUUCAAAGAUUGUAGCUCGUUCCAUUUUUGACUCCAGGGGUAACCCCACUGUAGAAGUUGAUUUAACUAUUGAUAAUGGACCAGUUUUCCGUGCAGCAGUACCAUCUGGUGCUAGUACUGGUAUCUAUGAAGCAUUAGAACUUCGUGAUAAUGAAAAGAGUAAUUAUCUUGGAAAAGGAGUAAAUACUGCUGUUAACAACAUAAACAACAUCAUUGCACCUGCUCUUAUUAAAGCGGGACUCAUUGUCACUGAACAAAGAGCUAUUGAUGAUAUUAUGUUAAAAUUGGAUGGAACUCCUAACAAAGCUAAGCUUKGUGCCAAUGCUAUUUUGGGAGUUUCAUUGGCUGUUGCUAAGGCUGGUGCUUUCAAGAAAGGCGUUCCUCUUUAUAAGCACAUCGCUGACUUAGCAGGAAACAAAGAAAUUAUUUUGCCCGUUCCAGCUUUCAAUGUUAUCAAUGGAGGUUCUCAUGCAGGAAAUAAGUUGGCUAUGCAAGAAUUCAUGAUUUUGCCUACUGGUGCUAGUACUUUUACUGAAGCUAUGAAAAUUGGAUCUGAAGUUUACCACACACUUAAAAAUGUUAUCAAGGCUAAAUUUGGAUURGAUGCUACAGCUGUUGGCGAUGAAGGUGGUUUUGCUCCCAAUAUUCUUGAAAACAAAGAAGGUUUGCGUUUAAUUGAAACUGCUAUUGAAAAGGCUGGAUACAAAGGAAAAGUUGAAAUUGGAAUGGAUGUUGCUGCUUCUGAAUUCUUUGUCGAUGGAAAAUACGAUUUGGAUUUCAAAAAUAAGUCUGAUAGCAAAGACAAAAGUCAAAUCAUCUCAACUGAAGCUUUAACAGACUUGUACAAAGAAUUCAUCAAAGAAUUCCCAAUGGUUUCAAUUGAAGAUCCAUUUGAUCAAGAUCAUUGGGAAGCUUGGUCUACCCUAACUGCAUCAACUGACAUCCAGGUAUAUCAUUAUUAAAUAAUUUUUACUUGA